AUGGGCACUGAUACGUCUGGCCCAUGCUCAUUCAACCCUCGCCCCAGUUCCCCGCGCCAUUGUUCCAUCAAGUCCGAUAGGGACUUUGCGCUGACCUCUAAACGAGGACACGAUGCUCCAGAAAUUCAUUUCUGUGGCCAGUGCCCCAAACGGUACUCUGGGUACAAGAGCUGGUACGACCGUUAUAUCAAGGCGCAUGGGAAGCAGACAUCGAUUUAUCUGGGAGUGGAGAUUAUUGACAUGGAUGAGAUUCAGGGCUAA